UGUGUUUUUCAUUUCAAUGGAUACUCUUCCUUGUACUCUCUCGUCUCCUUCUUCUUCUUCUUCUUCUUCUUCUUCUUCUUCUUCUUCUUCUUCUUCUUCUUCUUCUUCUUCUUUCUCUCUGCAACAAUUUUAGAUUCAGAAUUCUGAGCCAUGACGCUCUACAGAACGUCCUCACCCUUUCGCUUCCCCAUUAUCAGAGAAAAGAAGUCGAGACAUUAGAAGUUAUUGUUGUUGUUGUUGUGUUUCCUGGAGAAUUUGUGAAUGGGAGCCCCAAAGCAGAAGUGGACACCUGAAGAGGAAACAGCUCUUAAAUCUGGAGUACUCAAACAUGGAACUGGAAAAUGGCGUACCAUUCUCUCAGAUCCUGAGUAUAGCUCAGUUUUGAAGUCUCGCUCAAAUGUGGAUCUCAAGGAUAAAUGGAGAAAUAUAAGUGUAACAGCUCUAUGGGGAUCUAGGAAGAAGGCUAAGCUUGCACUUAAAAGGACUCCGUCGUCGGGUCCUAAGCAGGAUGAUGAUAACACUACAGCUCUUACCAUUGUUGCUCUGGCUAAUGGUGAUGAUGGAGGGCAACAGAUUAAUCCAACAUCUCCUCCUGCAGUUUCUUGUGAACCACCAAGAGCUUUUAAAGGACCCUUUACAAGUGUGGAUAAGAUUAUCUUGGAGGCCAUUACCAAAUUGGAGAAACCGCUUGGUCCUGACGGAAAAUCGAUCUUGUUGUAUAUAGAGGAGAAUUACAAGAUGCAACCGGAUAUGAAACGGCUUGUGACUUCAAGACUUAAGUAUUUGACAAACGUUGGAACAUUAGUUAAGAUAAACCACAAAUACAGGAUUUCUUCCAACUAUGUGGCUGCAGGAGCAAAACAAAAGUCUCCUCAACUCAUGUUGGAAGCAAACAAAGAAAAUUCUCCAAAGCCCGAGGAGAAUGGUGUCAAGAAUCUAGCUAAACCCCAAGUAGAUGGAGAGGUAUUGAUGAUAAAGGGCAUGACAGCACAAGAAGCUGCUGCAGCCGCUGCAAGAGCAGUGGCGGAAGCAGAAUUUGCAAUCGCAAAAGCUGAAGAAGCGGCAAGAGAGGCAGAGCAGGCAGAAGCCGAAGCUGAAGCUGCCUUCAUUUUUGCAAAAGCGGCAAUGAAAGCUUUUAAGUUUAGGAUGCGUAGACAAACUCGAUAGUGAAGCCUCACAAUAUCAAGUUUCAAUCUUGCAUCUUAAGAGUCAUAUAAUCGCUAAUGUCUUUUUUUUUUUUUUUUUUAGUAGCAGUGUAAAUUCUGCAGCUUGUAACGUGUCCUAACUCAGACAAAUAUGUAAAACCUUUUUCCAUUUUUCUGUUUUUAUCUGUUUUGUUAGUAGCAUCAUAGGUUUCUCGUGACCCAUUCAGAAAUUGGUUUGAAGAGGAAU